AUGGGUUGUUUCAGUUCUGCCCAUGCUAAUCAAAAUGCAGAUGAAGAAUAUGAUAAAGCUGUUCUAAAUUUAAAGGUUAAUAGAGACCGUGUUAAAAAAUAUCAAUCCCGUCUUGAAGAAGAUAAUCUCAAACAAACAGAACUUGCCAAAAAGCUUGCCAAAGAAGGUAAACUUGAGCGUGCCAAAUUAGUUUUGAAAGCGAAGAAAGCACGUGAAGUUUUAAUACAAAAAACUGAUGGAAUGCUUACAAAUCUUCAAGAACAGCUUAACAAUCUAGAACAAGCUCGUAUAACUCGUGAAUUUGCCGAGAAUAUGCAACAAACCAACUCAGUAUUAAAAGAAAUGAACGAAAAGCUUACUGUGGAAAUGGUUGAAAAUCUGAUGGAAGAAAAUGCUGAACAAACAGAAAAGGUUAACGAAGUUACAGAACUUCUUGGUCAGAGCCUUACACCCGAUCAAGAUCAAGAAGCAGAAGAAGAAUUUGAAAAAAUGUGGAAGGAAAUGCAUGGGGAAGAAUCGCCUCAAGAAGCCGCCGAAGAAAUCCAAGCAGAAAAGCCAGAGAAGCAGAAAGAACUUUUUGCUGCUCUUGCAUGA